UCUGGCUCACCCUAUAUAUAUUGUGAUUGUGAUUGAGUGAGAGAGAUAAGUAGCGAUGCGAUGUUUUCCGGCGAGGAGGAGGCGAUGUUGUCGAACGUGAGCCUGCAGUCUCUUCUGUCUCUGAAUCUGAACCCUUCCAUAUUGGGGGAGGGGUUGCCGACGUUGGCGUCUCUAACCGAGGAAGUGGAGUGGCGGGAGCAGAAGCGGCAGCGCGUGGUGAUUCCGCAGAGCAACCUGGCGCGGCAGCGGAGGCAGAAGCUGAGCGAGAAGACGCGGUGCCUGCAGAAGCUGAUGCCCUGGGACAAGAAAAUGGACCAGGCCACGCUCCUAGAAGAGGCCUAUAAGUACGUGAAGUUCUUGCAGGCCCAAUUACGCGUCCUCCACUCCAUGCCCUCCACCUCCGCCUCCAACAACACGCCCUUCCUUCUCCAAAACGGCGGCGUUUUCCAGAGCCUCAACCGCACCCAGCUCCUUCAGGUUCUCGUCAACUCCCCCGUUGCCCAAACCAUGCUCUACUCCCAAGGCUUCUGCGUUUUCUCCCUCGAACAGUUGUCUUUGCUUAGGAAACUCUCCGAAAGGAGGUUGGCACUUGCAGCCUCUGCCUCCAAAACUCUCUUCAACUCACACUCACUUUCUUAGCCUUUUGCUUUAGUUUACGCUUACAAUGUUGCUCUAGUCUUUACUACACAUUUACUAUACUUGUUUUGCUUCACCAUUUCCUCUACUGUUUGAAUAUUGAAACUAGUCUCUACCUAUAUUUUGGGCUUUCAUUAGCUGCUAACUCCCAACCUUUUACGU